AUGAUUCACCAAUCCGGACCCUUUCCGACACAUACGCUCGAUACGCCUUCGAGCUUCAUCAGUCUGGCGUUCCGAGCGCUUCGAACUGCUGGCCUUCUUGCCGGCCUUGGUCUGACAGCUCUCGCUGCCUACCAGCGCAAUCAAGAAGAGGCCAACAUGAACUUCCAAGAUGGGAGUAGGGCUCGGGGCGAUAGAGAAGCCGGCCUCAAUCGCGAAGUCGUCUACUGCCAUGCGUGCGAACACGAAUGGGAAAAGGAUACGCUUCAUGGACUCAUUUCCCAAGAGAACGAUCCUCGCGACUUCCACGAUGCCCCAUCGCCUCUCUCCUCCGGCGACGGUCCCCGUGGGCCCCGCAGGGCAGACUCCGACUCCGACCCCGACGAAGCUGAUAUUGAGGAACACUUACACCAAGGCCCCCAUGGAUUCAAUGUACAUCGAUCCACAUGGGGUCAUCCUCACGGAGAUGAACAAGGUGGGCGCCAGCCGCCUGAUCCCGCCAAUGGGGACCAGGUGAUAGGCCGCUUCCUCGAGCUCCUGAGCACAUUUGGAAACGGGGCACAAGGCGGGCCAGACUUUGACCAUGACCAUCCGCAAAGGCCUCCCCAACCAUUUGGCAGCAGUCCAUUUGGCGGUUCUGGAAAUGUGCGGACGUUCACUACUAGGCGAGGGAACGGUUUCACAAGCUUCACAAUCGCUACCGGACCGAUCCAUGUCCAAGGCGGUGGUCGGGCUCGAGCAUUUGGACGCCCUUCCGAAGAGCAGGGGCAGGGGCAGGGGCAGGGGCAGGGCAAUGAUGAUUUUCAGUCAGUUUUCAGCAACAUUCUCACGGGCGCCGGUCCACCACAACAGCCGCACGGUGAAGACAUGCCUGGACAAGGCCCACGGCCCCGCGCCGCUGGUACCCAGAACCUUGCUGCGAGUCUGCAUCAGAUCUUGAACAUGCUGGCCCCAGGAAAUGGUCAAUUUGGUGAUGCGGUCUACACGCAAGAAGCUCUCGACCGGAUCAUUUCCAACAUGAUGGAGACGAACCCGCAGUCAAACGCCGCGCCGCCAGCCUCUGAGGACGCCAUCGGCAAAUUGCAACGCAAGGCAGUGGAUGACGACAUGCUGGGCCCCGAAGGCACGGCCGAGUGUACCAUUUGCAUCGAUGAGCUGAAGAAGGGCGAGGAAGUGGUAUACUUGCCUUGCAAGCACUGGUUCCAUGACACGUGCGUCGUGAUGUGGCUCAAGGAGCACAACACUUGUCCCAUUUGUCGAACACCGAUCGAGGAGAGGACCGAAAGUGCGAGCGAUGGUCAGCAAGGUGAUGGAGGGGAAGGGAGCGGCAGACCGGCACCCGGACCAUCGAAUUCAGCGCCACCCGGUGGUGGACAACCUCCCCCGUUUUUCGGGUUCGGCAUGCCAAGUCCCCACGGUGAUGGCGCUCCUCCCCCCAACAGCACAGGCGGCCGGGGCUAUGCUGCUCCGCCGCAACCGCCUCACCCGUCGACGCGGCCUGUACAUACACGGCAAUUCCACUGGUCCUUCCAACUACCACAGAAUGGGCCAGCGGGCAACACGAGGGGCGAGGGCAGCUCCCGCAGCCCUCGAGGCUAUGACAUCUUCCCACCGAGACCGUACGACUCACAGUCUUCGUCUCGACAGUCGUCUCAGAGGCGGCACUCGAUGUCUCCACCAGCAACGAACACGGGCUCUCGCACUAGGCAACGAAGCCCAACACCGAGCAGUUGGAAUCGGGAACACCAGCAGGCCGGGGCAGGCCAAGGACAGAACCAGACUCCAUCACAGGGUGGCCCGCUUAGUUGGCUGAGGAAUCGCUUGUCCAGGUCUGGUCCGAGUGACGGGCCGCCCCCGGAUGGUGAAUCUCGGUAA